AGACAGCUCUGCUGAAAGGAGCUAGUCACGAUGAAGGUCCUCCUCAUGCUCUUUGUGCUCCUACAGGUUUCUGCCUCUGUGGUCGUUCCCAAGAAUGAACUAGAAUUUGCUAAAAGGUACUUGAAAAAAUAUUAUGACUUUGAUGAGGACAGAAUUUCAAUGCUAAAAUCAAAAGUCAAGAGAAACAUCCUAGAAGAAAAACUCCAGGAAAUGCAGCAGUUCUUUGGGCUCGAAGCAACUGGGAAGCUGGACAAGCCUACUCUGAAGAUAAUGCACACCCCUCGCUGUGGAGUGUCUGACGUACAUCAUCGUGGCGCAGUGCCAUUGAGGUCAAUAUGGAUGAAGCAUCACCUCACCUACAGAAUCCUUAAUUACACUCCUAACAUGAAGCGUGAGGAUGUUGACUAUGCAUUUCAGAAAGCUUUUCAAGUCUGGAGUGAUGUGAGUCUUCUGAGAUUCAGGAAGAUUUAUGAAGGCGAGGCUGACAUCAUGAUCCUUUUUGCAUUUGGAGCGCAUGGAGACCGCAAUGCUUUCGAUGGAAAAGGUGGUGUACUGGCCCAUGCUUUUUACCCUGGACCUGGCAUUCAAGGUGAUGCACAUUUUGAUGUGGCAGAAACCUGGAGUAAAAGUUCUUCUCAAGGUACCAAUCUGUUCCUUGUUGCUGUUCAUGAGCUUGGCCAUUCCUUGGGGCUGCAUCAUUCCAACAAUCCAAACUCAAUCAUGUACCCCAGCUAUGGUUUCCUUGACCCCAACACAUUCCGCCUCUCUGAUGAUGACAUAAGUAGAAUUCAAUCCCUCUAUGGAGCCCCAGUAAGAAGCCCACCCACGAUGCGUCCUGAGCGUCGCCUGCCAACGAUCUGCCGGCAGCGCCCGAGCUUUGAUGCGGUCACCACAGUGGGAGAUAAAAUCCUCUUCUUUAAAGACUGGUUCUUCUGGUGGACAGUACCUGGGAGUCUAGCCUCCAAUAUCACGUCAAUUUCUUCCAUGUGGCCAACUGUCCCGUCUGGUAUCCAAGCUGCUUAUGAAAUUGAAAGCAGAAAUCAACUAUUUCUUUUUAAAGAUGACAAGUACUGGUUAAUAAGCAACUUAGCACCAGAGCCAAGCUAUCCCAGAAGCAUAUACACUCUGGGAUUCCCCACGUCAGUGAAGAGGAUAGAUGCAGCCACCUUCGACCCAUCUCGCCAGAAGGUUUUCUUCUUUGCGGAUAAGGAGUAUUGGAGGUAUGAUGUGGUGCAACAGGCCAUGGACCCAACUUAUCCCAGACUCAUUUCCUCACACUUCUCAGGAGUUGGUCCUAAAGUUAGUGCAGUCUUCUAUUUCAAACGAUACUACUACAUCUUCCAAGGAGCCACGCAACUGGAAUAUGACCCCCGGUGGCAUCGUGUCACAAAAAGGAUGAAGAGUACCAGCUGGUUUGGGUGUUAGGAAGGAUGCAGUAAAGGGUGCUUGUCAGUGCAAUAAGUACUUAUCACAUAUUCGCCAUGUACUACAUGCCAGUAAUGUAACAUGAAACAGACCACAGAUAACUGUUUACACAGAAAAAAUGCUUUUACAGAAGUUAUCCUCUUUUGAUAAAUUUUUCAGUUGAUCCUCUUCUUAAUUUUGAGCGAAUAUCUUCAAAGGCCUCCAGGUUCACCCACCCAUAGGUUGUUUUUUUUUAACAACCAUCAAGUGGGAAAAUUAGAAUUACUUCUCUGUCUUCACUGAUAUUUAUUUAUUAAAAAUAAUUUUUUAAAAAGUAUUUGGCUUAGCCGGGCGGUGGUGGCGCACGCCUUUAAUCCCAGCACUCGGGAGGCAGAGGCAGGCCGAUCUCUGUGAGUUCGAGGCCAGCCUGGUCUACAAGAGCUAGUUCCAGGACAGGCACCAAAGCUACAGAGAAACCCUGUCUCGAAAAACCAAAAAAAAAAAA